UACAGAUUGGGAAAUAGCACACUUCCUUUCCCGAUCAAGGCAGAGUCAGAUUGGAAAGAGACCUUAAUAGGUAGUUUUCCAUAUGAAAUUCAUGUAAUCGAAAUCAAAAUCUGUACUUUACCCUCCAAUUUGUACAGCUAGAGAGCGACCCGAGGUUCAGAACCCUUCUCUUCUUAUAUCCAACCCACAAUAAAUCUCAUUCUCUUCAAAUGUUCUUAUUUUUCAUAGAUACCCAUUUGUUUUUUCACUAAUUGAGGUACCCAAUUCUUGCCGAUCCAGAUUGGUCCGUGCAAGAGCUGUAUCCGGGUUCUUAAGUUCAGGCUUUGAUUUCGUGAUUGCAAGUCUUGCCGUGGAGAAAACCCAUAAAUUUUUAACUGGGAAAGUUUGACAUUGGUGUUUUCGACCCAUGAGAAUCUUUGUAAUUUUGAAUGGAAAUGAUGGCUGAAGAUAAUUGUGAUUGAAAGUCAGGAUUGAAACUUUUGAAAAUGAGUCGAUCUCCUUCAUUUACAGUGAAGACAGAACUUAGUCCAAAACUCAAUCCUGAAUCUCUGCAGCAAUGGGUUGUGGCCUUUUGUAUUAUUAGAUUUGAUCUUGAGCAGGGUCAGCUUAUUGAAGAGUGUUACCCACCUGACUGUCUUACACAAGAUGAGGAACUUGAAAUUGCUUUUAGUUCAUUCCCGGAUUCUGUUUCCCAGCACCAGAAUCGCACAAGUAUUCACGACUGUAUCUUCUUUUUUCGGUUUCGAAGAAGGGGUGAUUCUCAGUUGGCUAAUGUCUCUUCCUCCGAGAUCACAGAAGUUGAUAAGGAGUUGUCUCCAAAGAAGAUGGACAUAAGAAAUUGCAGAAGAUCCAAUACGAGAAAUAACAAUAAAGCUUCAAGAUACAUGUAUGGUUAUGUUUUUAAUAGACAAAGACAUGAUGAGAGACUAAAGCGAGGUGGGGAACAGAAGUCUGUGGUAAUUUUGUCUCUCAGUCCUUACUCCAGUGUGUUUAAACCCUUGUUACAAAUCAUGGGUCCAUUGUAUUUUGAUAUUGGAAGGAAAGCUCUUGAGCAUAUCGCUGCUUAUGUUUCAAUGUGGCCUGCUCCUGUACCAGGUCAGCUAAUGGAGCUUCCAAUAGGGAAUGCCAUGCUUAAAGUGAGCUUGCCGCCUGCUCAUAGCUUGCCCUUGAAAAGUGGAAUGUUUUUUGAAGAGUCUGUUUCCUUUAUGGCUCCUUUACUUCCUAAUAACCAGUCAGUACCCCAGGGUCUUUUCCAUGAUUCCGAUAUUUUUGGUACAUUUCGGGGGCUUCUAUUGCAGCUUUGGGUGUUGUGGGAGUUGUUACUCAUCGGGGAGCCUAUUCUCAUCAUUGCACCAACGCCUCCCCAAUGUUGUGAGGCUGUAGCCAGUCUUGUGAGUUUGGUUGCACCACUACUAUAUAGUGUUGAUUUUAGGCCUUAUUUUACCAUCCAUGAUCCUGUAUUUGCGCACUUGAACUCACUUCAAGAAGGAGACAUCUUUCCUCCAAUGGUUUUGGGUGUGACAAACCUCUUUUUCCUUAAAGCUCUUCGUAACAUCCCCCACAUUGUUUCAGUUGGAAGCCCUGCUACCAACUCAAACCAGCCUAAUCUUGCAGCAAGGUCUUCUAGUGGCAAAAUUUCUGUUAGAUCCCAAGCAUUUGGUCUUCAACAGAUUUCCUUGAAGCGGUUUUCUCCUUCAAAUUUGUUAAGUGCUGUGAAGUUGAGAAGAGAUGGUCCCCUUUGUCUUAUGACGGAACAUAAGGAAGCCAUUUGGAGCACUUAUGCUGCAACAACGAAGCCAGACACUUCUAUCUUGAAUAGGCUUAUAGAUGCUGGCAUGUCACCUAGGGUUGAGGAGUCAAUGUCACUUGUUAACAAUGAGAUAUUGCGGCGGCAUUUCUUGGAACUCACUACAAACUUUUUGGCCCCUUUCGGUCCAUAUUUUAGGAGUAAGACACCUUCAGAAGGCUCUUCUCCAUUUGUUGACCCUCCCCCCCUCUCUCCAUUUAAUGCUGAUGAAUUUCUUGCAAGUUUGUCUGCAAGGGGUCCAGGGAAGUUCUUGUCGAAGAGAAUGAAGUCUAAUUGGAUGGAUUUAUACAGGCGUUUUUUGAAAGGUUCCAACUUCAUGCCAUGGUUUCAAAGAAGGCGUGCUGUUGCUGAACAAGAACAACAUAAACUGUGGAGACAGGCAAGGAUGAAGACCGACAUACAACAGUUCAUAUCUAAAAUGUCUGAGUUGGAAAUUGUAGACUCAUUUAAUGCUAUUGAAAGACAUCUUCUUGAAGAACUACAGAUAUAUGCCAUGCCCGUACAUUUACAUUCCUGCCAAAUGCAAUCUUCACAGCUGCAGCAAUCUGGAAGGGCCAGUGCAGACUCUGCAUCAUCUUGCCAGAAACUGAAAGGAGACCUACGGACAGUUUUCUCGGUGCUUCCUAAGGACAUGCAGCAGCUUCUGCUUUUCAACCCACAAAGAGCAGCUCUUCUACAAGGAAGUUCUGAACUGACGAAACUUCCCGGUCGUCCAUUGGUACAAGUUGGUGUGGUAUCUUCCACUUCACCUAGAUAAUACUGGGAAAUUGAUUGACUAAGGUAUGGAUGGGCUUCUCAUGCUGCCAAAGGACAGGAAGUGUGGUUAUUUUGUAGCUUCGUUAUCAGACUGAAAUUAGUUCUGUCUUUUGUGCACAAAUGAUCUACAAGGUAAGAUGAAAAUCUACAGUCUGAAUUCCUUA